AUGUUUCAAUCUGCAGGAUAUCAUUAUGAUCGAACUGUGAUUCCAGCUGUAAUAUUUCGACUCAAUCGUUGUAAUCAAGAAGAUGUAGCCACUUUAGAUUUCUUUUUUAAUGCUCAAGGUUUAUCACCUACUUCUUCGAAUGAAACAUCGCCGAGUGAUGCCAAUGGAUUAGUACUCGAUUCUGAUGCUCUAUUUAAUAACAUAGCCUUUUCUGAACUUUGGCUAGAAUUCAAUCAAAGUGAAGUUGAUCAACAGACAUUAAAUACUUGGCAGAAUGCGACAAUAAUUGCUCCAGAUCUUCGUUCUGAUUUUGUUGCAUUAAGACAAGCAUGGCCAAAAUAUCCCUUAGAUGAAUAUCGUUAUCAUCUAGCUAAUUCAUCAGUACUCAUGAUUGCUGGUCAAUUGGAUGGUGCAACACCCCUCGAUUUCGCUUCUCAUUUAGCGUCAAUCACGGGAAAAAUACGAACAUUGUAUUCGAUUCCAUUAAGUGGACAUAUUAUUUAA